AUGCAAAGUCACAAACUUGACGACCUGAUCGAGCCUUUGCAUCACCUACCGCACACAAACAAUACUAGAAUCAUGCUCAGUUGCCAAAUCUUGUUCCCGGCUACAUGCCUGCUGCCCGUCCUAGCAUACCCCUUCCUGCCCUCGGUCGGCCGAUCAAGGCUCCGUUGCGAGGCCCUUCUUGUGUGGAAUGCCGUGGUCCUUGCCGCUUUCUUGACCGUAAACAGGGUCAUUUUCCGCUGGCAAGUAGAGCUCUGGCCCCUCAUCGUUAUGCACAUGUAUGGCUUGGCUGGCUUUCGGGCACUACGCGUGCCGUCGAGCCGCGAACUUAAAGCCGAGGACCUCGUUUGCACAGCGGAACAUGUCGUUACAUGGAUGUUUUGGGGUUACCUAGACCUCGUCAUGGAUACGAUUGAGGCUCGUGAGAGUGGCUGGAUGGCCCUCGCUUCGCUCCAGUUUCUCGGUGGCUUUGUUGUCGGUCUCCUGGUGGCGCUGGCUUCCGGAGAAUGGCAGCGAUAA